UUGCGCGAUUCAGAAUUAGGGUUUCAUAUUUGUGGAGCCCUUUGGCCGUAGCCGCCAGCCAGAGAGAGAUUACUCCGUUCAUAGCGUUUCUUUAUCCCUUUUUUCUUGAAAUCGAACCUCGAUUCGCUUCAUUAGCUGAGCGAUUUGAUCAAAACACAAACACUCACAACCAAACCAAAAGCUUUUAUAUUAACCGAAGAUGUCUCGUUGUUUCCCUUUCCCCCCUCCAGGUUACGGUGCACGUAGCGAGGCCUUGAUCGAAUCGAUUAAGCUCCGAGAGGAGAUAGAGAAGAAGAGGAGGGAGAAGAUAGAGAAGAAGAGAAUCAAGAAGGAGAAGAAGAAGUCGAAGGAGGAGAAGAAAGAGAAACGGAAGGAGAAGAAAGAAAGGAAACAUAAAGAAGAAACAACUGCAUCUACUAAUGGCAGUGACGAUGACAAGAAGUUCAAGCUCAUUAAAGAUAUUACGGAAACCAAAGCAGAUGGAAAGUUACAAAAGGGUGAAGUAUGUGAGAAUGAACUACUUGAGAGGAGUGGAAUUACAGAGGAACUUGAACAACCUGUUACUUCUCGGGAACCUUGCUGCUUGUCCGACAGUACUCAAAGCAGUAAGAGGAAAAGGGGCUCCCCACAAGCGUCUCAUGAAAAUGGACCUGCUAUUAAAAUCAGACUUCCUUUAAGAAAGCACAGCGACCCUGAAGAAUUAAAUUCCAAAUCAAAAUUUGAUGUAGGGUCUUCUUCAGGAAAUGCGGGAGAUAAUGAACAUCUCUCAAAUAAAACUAGUGUCACUAACACAGGUCCGAAGCGGUUUCUUGGAAAAUCUGAUUCCAGCAGUGGUAAAGUGUUGCAGAAUUCUGUUAGUGGAAAUGCAGUGGUCACUAAGAGUAAUGUUGGAAGUGACCGUCAGUCACAAUGUCUCAGGACUUCAGAGACCAAACGGGUGGUUGGAAACUUGGAUUCUAGACACCCCAAAUCUGUGAACAAUUCAGUUCGUCCUGAUGUUGUUGUGGCUAAAGAUACCAUUGGAAAUGAUAGUCAAUCACAGUCUCUCAGGACGACAGAGGUCAAACGGGUUCCUCUUGGAAACUCUGUUUCUAGACAUGGCAAUGCAGUGCAGAAUUCUGUUCGUGGAGAUGGUGUAGUGGCUAAAAACACCCUUGGAAGUGAUCGUCAGUCACAGUCUCUCAGGACUGCAGUGCCCAAUGGUGUUCUUGGAAGCUCGGAUUCUGGACAUGCGAAAGUGAUGCAGAAUUCAGUUAAUGGAAAUGUUGUGAUCGAUAAAGGUACUCUUGGAAGUGAUCGGCAAUCACAAUGUCUCCAGUUGGAAGAACCCAAACGGGUUGUUAGUAACUCUGGCAAAGCGAUACACAAUUCUAUUCGUGGAGAUUCUUCUGGUGCUAAAAGUACCCUUCAAAAUGAUCGUCAGACACAAUGUCCGAGGAAUAAUACCGAGCCCAAACGGGUUAAUGGAAACUCUGAUGCUAGACAUGGCAAAGCGGUGCAGAAUUUGGUUCAUGGAGAGGAUGUGGUGACUAAAAGUACUCCAGCAAGUGAUCACCAGUCGAAAUGUCUCACCAAGCGCAAAAGGGUCCCUGAGAAACCUGAUUCUAAACAUAGCAAAGCGUUGAAGAACAUUUUUCACGGGGAUGCUGUGGUCGCAGACAUUGCAGUUGGUGAUGCCAUGGUCGCAGAUAAAGCAGUUGAUGAUGCUAUGGACAUGGUUAUUGCAGUUGAUGAUGGUAGCAAGAAAGUGGAAUCUUUGUACAAGUCUCUGUUACUUAUUCCUCCACUAACGUAUGAUGGAUUUGAGUCAUUGGAUCAAGAUUGGCUAUUUAGUUCGGAAGCAGAGGCAGAGGCAAAACCGCGUGCCUCAAAGAAACAGAAGUGUGAUUCUGAAGUCUUCAAGCUUUCAAGUUCUAUGUGGCCUCGUGCAGAAUACUUCCCUGAGGUCGAUGUGUAUGCGCUGCCAUAUGCAGUUCCAUUUUGAUUCUUUUGGAUUUCUUUUACACUAGAUAGUUUCAACGUAGGAAGCUUUGUUCAAUUUGACAGAACCGGAGCAUUAUUGUUUUUUGAAAGAGAAAAAACACUUACAUGGCAUGUGGGGGGGAAAAUUGCGUAAUAUAUUCUAAACGUGAAUCAUGCAAUUUGUCUUCCAUACCGGGACGUCCUUAGAGAAUAUGAGAAUGUACAUAAAUAUAAAUAUAUAGAUAGAGAUAUUUGUUAUGAUUUUU